CGAGAGUGUGCAAAGGCAAUUGGGCACUGUCAAAGGGUGUCAGCCCUCACUUGUUACGAUAGGAUCAUUGAUGGGAUCAGCUUUGACUUCGCACACCUCCUCCAUGUCAACCGAAUGCGAAGAUUAUUCGAAGGGCAGGCUCGCGUUCUGCCUCAAGCGCGUCUUCAGAAAACUCUUGAAUUAUCUGGAGCUCCCCUUGAAUCCAUGUGCCGACCGAUCUUGCCAGUGUCCCAGGCCAGGACUCACCCAAAGAACAACGGCUUCUGCGAUGUGUCUGCACGGGACAGCGUUUCAGCUCUCUAACAGUCAAGCUGGCACAACACCUAUCACGCAUAAAGUCGUUAAUCUGAUCGCAUCGAAUACACCUACGACUGGAGAAGUCGGGAUAUCCUUACCACGCUGACGGAACGUCAUCGACGCACGGCCGCCCGAACGAUUGCUGCAUGUGCACAGUCAAGACGAGACAGGGCAAUUAUCCGGGCCAGACCCUCUCACUGAUGUCCUAUGAUGCUCUCAUUCUGAUGCGCGGCUCAGAGGUUGCUUAAAUUGAGGGCCCUCGAGCCGGGAUGAAUCAUCGUUCCGAGUUUCGUUUUCCUUUCGUCUCGUCUCGCCUCGUCUCUCUCUUCCUCAAUGCCGUCGCCUACACGCAUCUUCGCCCUCACGGCACUCUUCCUCUCUGCUACUGCAAGCACCAUCAUCCCCCCCGGCCACCGAGGCACCUUCAACCAAAGCAUCGCGGACCCUCCUCCUGCGCCACAGACCCAAUCCAGCACGAUCAUCAACACCACGACUCUGGUGCAGCCCCAGAAGGGCGGCCCGGCGGUCCAUGAUCUGCCCAGUGCUAAUGUCCCGCCCGUGACCGUGACCGCUCUCGACGGAACCGUGACCAAUGCCACUGUCGCGGACGCCGUGAAGCUGAGCGCCGACUCGCACAGCACUCGCCGCAGCUACAACACCCGCCGCGGAAACGUCGGACGGUUCAACCGCCGCGAAGAUGGAUUCAAAGAGAUCUUCGCUGGACUGCCCGCCGGACAGAAGGACGCGUCGAUCGAAGGGCUGGCAUAUCUGACGUACACUGUUGUGCCCAACUCGACGUACAACGUGGAUGCUUGCCUGAAAUGGGCACAAGGCAUACCCGGUGCUGUCUUUGUCAACCUCUACUACGAAUUCAACAACUACCUCCUCGACUUUGUCUUCAGCGAAAAGUCGAACCUCAAGUGCGCUGCCUACGGUGACAUCCACAACGCUACCGAGAAGACCAACUUUGGCGGCCAGGCAUCUUACCCGACUGUUGCAUGCCAGACCACUCCUCUGACGCGCAUCGAGCAGAGCAGCGGAUGGGGUCUCGACAGCCUCAUUGAGCCUGACUCUCCCGAGGGCUACGACCCCGUCUUUGGGCCCACCAACGGCGCCAACAACGCUCCUGGCUACAUGGGCUUUGCAUUCCUCGACCAAUACGACGUGAACGCCUGUGCUCAGCUCUGCAAUGGCCGCGGAGCUGACCCUGUCGGCGGAGGAUGCGCCUACUUCAACAUCUGGCGUGCGGUCGUCAGCGGUGUCCCGACCACAUACACCUGCUCGAUGUACUAUAUCGUUGCCGAUGAGUCGACAGCUGUCAACUACGGCCAGGGCGAUCUCGUCGUGACCUACUCCCGCGGCUACAAGCGCAAGUCUCUGCUCCCCGACGGCGGUUUCGAGGGCUACACCGGCUGCACCGACUUCUGCUUCACGCUCUCCGACUCGAACUGGGUCGGCACUAGCGCCUCGGGCGGCUCUAACGACGCGACGAUAUUCCACUUCAACGCGUACGCUCAAACCGGCAAUUCCGUCGCUCUGCUCGGUGCUGCUUUUGGCGAUAAUGCUGAGGCUGGAACGCUCGCCCCGGCUCAGGCCCUCUCGACCAAGUCGGGUGUGUCCUAUGUCAUCCAGUGCUUCAUGAAUUCAGCCUUCUCGGCUCCGUCGCUGGAGGCCUCUGCGCAUGUCGAUAUCACCUGGAACGGGCCAGGUCGUCGGCACGUUCUCGGGCUACAGCGCCGGGUGGAAGUUUGUCGAGGCCACUGCAACGGGAACUGGCAGCGACAAGCUCGCUUUCGUCGGUGGAUCUGCACCUGCAUGGAUCUUCAUCGAUAACUGCUUCGUUUACGAGGGCACCAACGCUUAGACGCGUUCGACCGUUUCUUACGAUAGACGGCAUUGACGACCUGACCCGAUCUAUGUACUACUCAUAGAGAUCCACUAUCUUUACCACCAUCCACUCUCUUUAUCUCUGUUGCUACACUCAUCUACACUCUAAUCUGGGACUCGGGGGCUGCGCAUGACCUACUCUGUAGUUUUCGAACAUCUUACUGGAACAAGUCUGGUUGGACGAGCGAGCUAUCGCCCGUCAAAUGCCUUGAGGCGUGAUGAAUCGUCGAGGUCCGCUUUGGCUCGUGAAGAUUACCGUGUGAUCACAGUCCAAACUCGUCCAUUUCAGGCGCCAGACUUGCCGGACCCUCCCCUGCCCUCCCUCAGAGCAUGAACUUACCGGCAACUACAGAUACGAAAAAAGCCGCGCCAGAAGAGGUCGGAGGGCGGUUCCGGAACCCGGCGAGGGGAUUUGUACGGAUAAGAUUCCGAUUCGGGGCCUCGAGGCUUCAGCUUCAAACAGUUACGACACCCCCUGACGUGUCAUCUCGGAGCACAGCGUUAACCGGCGUUGACAAGCAGCUGGGAC